AAUAACUGGCGCCCAAACGGACCGCGCCCAGUUCCUUGCGCCUAAAUGGCCCGACGAAUAAAUUACCCGCGAAAUUUAUGUUUUUAAAUCCUUUAUAUUGGUAAAUAUUUAUUUUUCCUUUAUUUUGACAAACUAGUUUUUAGAUUAAAACCCUUUUAACUAAAUAUAAUGUUCGGUCACCGCGAAGUUUAUGUUGGUGGUCUUCGAGAAAAUACAACAGCUGAUCAGUUAGAUAAUGUUUUCCACAAAUUUGGACGGAUUCACAGAAUUUGGAUUUCCUCUUAUCCUCCUAUUUUUGCUUUUGUGGAGUUUGACGACACUAGACAAGCCGAAAAUGCUAUUCGGGCGCUUGACGGAACCUAUAUCUGCGGAUCUAGAGCACGUGUAGAAAUGGCACGUAAAAGAUGGCGUGGUGGACGUGGCUUUCGAAGUAGUGCCAGUUAUCGGGAUCGAUCUCGAUCUUAUGACAGGGAACGCUACAGGUUUUGUUUUUAUUUAUCAUUUUUGAACACCCAUUUUAGAACUGUGCGCAAAGUUCCAGAAGAAGGCAGAGGUCGUGGUGAAGGCGGGGGUUCCCGUACUGACGAUGAAGGUGUGGAAAGAAAUGUUAACAAAGAGCAGGAUCGGUCUAAUGACAAUAACGAACGCUACAGUCGUAAUAGACUCGACAAUGUAUUUAGUCCUAGAAGACUCCACAAUGCAGAUGAUGAUGAAGAAAUCGGACUCGAGGGUGACUCUUAUUAUUCUCCCGUAACUCCUCCCAAGGAGAAGGAUCGGUCUAAUGACAAUCGCAAACGUGCAAGUGACACCAAAACCACUCCUCAAUCAUCUAAACAAUUUAUUUCUCAACUUUUUGAAUGUCUUGUUUGUUAUGACAAAGUUAAGCUCAAUAAUGUUGUUUUUUGCAAUAUUCCUGUGAGCGCUACAGAAGAUUCCGACCCAGAAGCACAUACAUUUUGUUUAACUUGUGUUUCUGGACAUGCGUCAGCAGCAGUCGGAGAAAUUCCCAUGGCUAAGGGAGGUAUUGGAUUGCGUUGUAUGGCAACUGGUUGUGACAAUCCAAUUUUAUAUUCUGAAAUCCGUAUGGUUCUUUCUGAGGAUGUGCAAAAGAAAUUGGACGAAAGAAUUCUUCAAGAAAGUAUUGGAAUGGCUUCAAUUGAUAAAUUAGAAAGAUGUAAAAAUUGCAAUUUUGCAAUGCAAAUGGAGGUGGACAAGAAAAUAAAUAAAGUUUUUGAUUGUCUGGGAUGUGGGGCCAAAAUGUGUCGAAUUUGUGAAAGAAAUUGGGAUGACGAACAUUUUGGUAUAAGUUGUGAGGAAUUGGAUGCAAAAUACAAAGACAAGAAAGACAAAAAAGAACGAGAAAUCGAAAAACAAUUAAAUGAAAUAAUUGUUCGUAAAUGUUCAAGAUGUGGAAUUCAAUUUAUAAAAGAAAAGGGAUGCAAUAAAAUGACUUGUCGUUGUGGUAUGACCCAAUGUUAUCUUUGCAGGGAAAUUGAUAUUAAAGAUACACAUUUUUGCCAACAUUUUCGCGAUCCAAAAAAGAAGAUAUGUAAACAAUGUGAUAAAAAAUGUCUUUUUCACGAAAACUCGGAAAAAAUAGAUGAAAAAUUAAUUAAAGAAAUUAAAGAAAAAGAGGAAAAUAAAUAA